UCAAGCUCGAGGCUUUGAUGUCUUGGAUAAAAUAUGAGCAAAGAAAUCGCAAAAAACUUCUGAAGAAAUUGAACAACUACAUUGAUUUGCAUAAAGUACCGGUGACUUAUAGAAGAUUCCUUGUUGAAAACGAGCCAAUGGUGAAGUCAUGCUUCGAAUGCUAUCAAGCUCUAUGCAUUUCUAUGUUGGACAGCCUUAACGUGGGUGCUUCAAAUGUUCAUUCUGCGGAGGAUAUAAAACAAGAAGGAAAGGAAGCAAUUGCUGUGUUCGAUGAAAACUCAAAGAGCCUUCAAUGCUUUAAUCCUCAUAAUAAUACUUGGACAAAAAUGCAGAACAUGCCUGGAUCAGGAACUGACUUUUCUGCUGUGGCUCUUGGUGAGUACAUUUAUGUUCUCAUGAAAGAUCGAUCUGUUCAUCGACUGAAAUACUCAGAUCAUGAAGCUACUUGGGAGAGAAUGAAUGAUAUGAUGUAUAGCCAUGGAGAUUGUCCUCCUGUUGCUGUUUUGCCUGGAAACCUCUACGUUGUUGGUUUUGGGGAUUACUCAAAUUCAGUUGAAAAGUUCGAGCCAUCAAGUAACAAAUGGGAAAAAGUAAAAGACAAAAAUCUCAACAGUUAUUAUUCAACAGCACUGGGUGCUGAAGGUUGUAUAUACAGCAUUGGUGGCUAUGUAUCAGGUCAUCACACCAACCAAGUAGAAAGAUUUGACCCAACAUCAUCAACUUGGUCAUUUGUUGCAUCCAUGAAUGAAGCAAAGGAAUUUGUCGCAGCUGUUGAAAAUGAAGGAAAAAUAUAUGUUCUAGGUGGACAAACAAACGAUUACUUGUCAACAGUUGAACGAUAUGAUAUUUCAACGAACGUGUGGUCCACGGUAACUCCCAUGUUAACUAAACGUAGCUUUUUCAAUGCUUUUGUGAUUGAUUCAAAUAUUUAUGCAGUGGGAGGAAGGAACAGUUCACCAGGAAGCAUGGAGAAGUUUGAUUUCAAGAAGAAUCAAUGGGAGAUGAUUGACAUGAAGAACAUGAAUCUGGCGAUACUCGAAGCAGUGAAGAUUAAUUUGAAGUGAUUUAAUUGUAUAUGACAGUGAAUAGUCAGUUACCAUUAAAGGACAUGCUAGUAGAUUAUGUUUGCAAUCUUACUAUAAAUUGUAUAUUAUACUUGACAUUUCAUAGGUGCUUGUGGUACCACUGAGUAAAUUUUGUAUACUUCUAUAAUGAGCCUCUGCAUUACUUACUGUAAUUAAUUCAUAUAGUUGUCUUGAAUAUAAUUCACAUAUGGCAUUGGGAUUUGCUUAGAACUGAUGCAGGAGAAAUUUAUUUUGAAUGGUUUGG